UAGACGGGUGCAACUAAUUCGUAGCACAGACGACCCUUUUCUCUUUCUUCUCCAAGUGGGACUAGAAGACCAAAGUAAACAAAACAAAGCUCCUCCAUUUCCAAAGCCGAAGCUCGAAUUCGAUAUAAAAGCUACAAUACAAUUGCACUUAUUCUUCAGCAAUUAACUCCAUUGAAGAAGACUCGCAGAGAUCCAAUCACAGAUGAAGAUCACUGUAAUGACCGCGGACGAACAGAUUCUCAACUUAGACGUGGAUCCUCACGAAACUGUUGAAAAUGUGAAAGCUCUGCUGGAGGUGGAGACGCGGGUGCUGCUUCAGCAACAGCAGCUGCUAUAUAAUGGGAGGGAGAUGAGGAAUUCUGAGAAGCUGAGUGCCCUUGGCGUUAAAGAUGAAGACUUGAUAAUGAUGGUAUCCAAUGCUGCACCGAGUGCUUCAGCCAAUGCUUUGAGCUUCAAUCCAGAUGGGUCUGCGGUAAACCCAGGAGCUUUUCAGCAGCACAUUAAGAAUGAUUCUAAUUUGAUGGCACAGUUGUUUCAGAGUGACCCAGACUUAGCACAAGUUAUUCUUGGAAAUGAUCUCAAUAGACUGCAGGAACUUUUACGACAGCGUCAUCUCCAAAAGUCUGAACUUCGACGGCAACAAGAUGAGGAGCUUGCUCUUCUUUAUGCAGAUCCUUUUGAUGUUGAAGCACAGAAGAAGAUUGAAGCUGCUAUUCGCCAGAAAGGAAUUGAUGAAAACUGGGCCGCGGCUCUGGAACAUAAUCCUGAAGCUUUUGCAAGGGUGGUUAUGUUGUAUGUUGACAUGGAAGUCAAUGGUGUCCCGUUAAAGGCAUUUGUUGACAGUGGAGCGCAGUCAACAAUUAUUUCAAAAAGCUGCGCUGAGCGUUGCGGAUUGUUGAGGCUUUUAGAUCAACGUUACAAGGGUAUUGCUCAUGGAGUUGGUCAAUCAGAGAUAUUGGGUCGGAUACAUGUAGCUCCAAUCAAGAUUGGGAAUAUAUUUUAUCCUUGCUCAUUCUUGGUUUUGGAUGCUCCCAAUAUGGAGUUCCUCUUUGGGUUGGAUAUGCUCCGUAAGCAUCAGUGCAUUAUAGAUCUGAAGGAUAGUGUUUUGAGAGUUGGUGGUGGAGAAGUUUCCGUACCAUUCUUGCAAGAAAAGGACAUCCCAUCUCGUUUUCUGGAUGAAGAAAGGUUUGCCAAGGAAACAUCCAGCUCAGGAGCUCCUCCCAUGGAUAGUCUAAUAGCAAAACUAUGGAGGAUCCAUAUUCUGGUGUUAACCAUAAAAACCAGUUGGCUCUUUCGUCCUGAUAUGUUUAUGGUCUUAAAAAAGUUUUCAGAUCUAGGAAGGCAAUCAACCUUUGACGUAUAUUUUGUUACAUCUGGAAAAGCAGAUACAAGCAAAAAUUCACCAUCGGGAGGGCAAUCAUCUGGAAGUGCUCGUUCUAACCCGACUCAGGGACCUGAUUUUGAAGCUAAAGUUGCAAAGCUUGUUGAGCUAGGGUUCGGGAGAGAUGCUGUAAUACAAGCUCUUAAAUUUUUCGACGGUAACGAAGAACAAGCAGCAGGAUAUCUUUUUGGGGGCUGAUUAAGCUAUAUACCUUUUAAAAUUCAUUUCAUUGUUGGAAUAAUAAUGAUUAAUUGGAGAACUCAAUUACAAAAGUAGUUCAAGUUGGAAUAUUGUGUAUUUUGUUACCCUUUGAUUUGAUUUUAAUCUACUGACACCCACGAACGGGGCUGGCAAGAUUUACCCUUUUCAGAUUAUAUAUCAUUCAUCCUGUGUGUUGAGGUUGCCUGGUU